AUGCCGAAGCCUACCAAACCUCUCAGCAAAGCCCGCGUUUCUGACUCUGACGAAGAUGAUGAAUCUAGCGACGUGACUCGAGCAGCUGCUCCUAAAUCAGCGAGCACCGCCGCGAAACCAAGUCAGCCAAAGGCUGGGAAAGGCCACACGCGAAAUGUCUCUGACAAUAUUGGCAGCUCACCCCAUAUCAUCAUCAACGACGAUGAUGGCGAUCUGGAAAUCGAUAUGGGUAGUCCCCCUCCAGACAAUGGACGCUCUCGACGUGGGAGGGUCGAUCCGGAGAUGUUCCGCAGUCAUACCGCAACGCCGAUUGGUGGGUUAAGUUCAAAUAUUGGCCGUUCUUCUUCAAGGCCAGUUUCUAAACCGCCCGUGGAGGAGCCCGCUAGGGGUCGUUCUGGCAGAGAAAGGGAUCGAGGAAGGGACAUGGAUAGGGAUGUGACGAUGAAAGAUAUUGAAGGCGCUUCUUCGGGUGGAGAAGACGAAGACGUGGAGGAGUUCGAGCUGGGAAGUCCAAGGGAGAAGAGCAUUGUGGUGCCGAACAGUGGAGAUGUUUCGAGAUCGCAGGAUGAUGCGUCAGAAGAUGAAGACCGGCCAAACCGUGGUCGUCGGCCACAACAGCAACAGCAAAUUGACCAAGCCCCGCCAACACCACCUGAACCAGUCAUUUCGCACGACGAUGACGACGAAGAUCUACUUGAAGCGGCACUAGAAGCGGCACUGGAAGAAGAGGACGAGAACGAGGAUAGAGGUAUUGGCUUGGGCAUUGGAAUGGCGCAUGGAAAUAUGCAGGAUGACGAGAGCGAGGUUAGCGAAGAGGAGUAA